CGGGCAGUUAGGCAUGCAAGAAAGUGCAGGGCGCGGAUUGCAGGCGGCGCGGCAGCCCGGUGCGUGCGGCAGUGCGCGCCGCCAUGAGGGGAGGAUCGCGCGUGUGCCUCCUAGCAGCUGGAAUCCUUACUUUGCUUUAUUCAGGAUGGUGUUCGGAGGACGAGGAGCGGCUUGUGCGCGAUCUUUUCCGUGGUUACAACAAGCUUAUCCGGCCUGUACAAAACAUGACCCAAAAAGUCGAUGUUCGUUUUGGCCUCGCCUUCGUCCAACUCAUCAAUGUCAACGAAAAGAAUCAAAUCAUGAAAUCAAACGUAUGGCUACGUUUAGUAUGGAUGGAUUAUCAAUUAAUGUGGGAUGAAGCAGACUACGGCGGCAUCGGCGUUCUCCGGCUACCCCCCGACAAAGUAUGGAAACCGGAUAUAGUACUUUUCAACAAUGCUGAUGGAAACUACGAGGUGCGAUACAAAUCUAACGUUUUGAUAUAUCCAAAUGGUGAAGUGCUUUGGGUUCCUCCAGCUAUCUACCAGAGUUCCUGCACUAUUGAUGUAACAUAUUUUCCUUUCGAUCAACAAACAUGUAUCAUGAAAUUUGGUUCUUGGACAUUCAAUGGGGAUCAAGUAUCACUUGCUUUGUACAAUAACAAAAAUUUCGUUGACCUCUCAGAUUACUGGAAAUCUGGUACAUGGGACAUCAUCGAAGUACCAGCAUAUUUGAAUAUUUAUGAGGGAAACCACCCCACAGAGACCGAUAUCACGUUCUACAUAAUAAUAAGACGGAAAACCUUAUUUUACACUGUCAACUUAAUCCUACCUACAGUAUUGAUCUCCUUUCUUUGCGUACUAGUCUUUUAUUUGCCCGCCGAAGCUGGUGAAAAGGUUACAUUAGGUAUCAGCAUUUUGCUGUCACUGGUUGUGUUCCUGCUAUUGGUUUCAAAAAUUCUACCGCCUACUUCUUUGGUGCUGCCGCUUAUCGCUAAAUAUCUCCUGUUUACUUUCAUUAUGAACACAGUCAGUAUUCUUGUUACGGUCAUCAUUAUUAACUGGAAUUUCCGAGGUCCAAGAACACACAGAAUGCCUCUAUGGAUCCGGAGCGUCUUCCUACACUAUCUGCCGGCAGCUUUACUGAUGCGCCGUCCUCGCAAAACGCGCUUGCGUUGGAUGAUGGAAAUGCCCGGCAUGGGUGCUCCGCCUCACGCUGCUGCUCCACACGACUUGCCUAAGCAUAUCAGUGCAAUAGGAGCAAAACAAAGUAAAAUGGAAGCAAUGGAGUUAUCCGAUCUGCACCAUCCGAACUGUAAAAUAAACCGCGCGGCUGGCGGUGGUGGUGAAGUGGGUGCAUUAAGUGGCCUCGGCGCUUUAGGAGGCCUAGGCCUAGGAGGUGAGCGAAGGGAAUCAGAAAGCUCUGACUCUCUACUAUUGUCACCUGAAGCUGCCAAAGCCACAGAAGCUGUCGAAUUUAUUGCAGAACACUUGCGCAACGAAGAUCUAUACAUUCAGACUCGUGAGGACUGGAAAUAUGUUGCGAUGGUAAUUGACAGAUUACAACUGUAUAUCUUUUUCAUUGUAACUACGGCAGGGACCGUUGGUAUUUUAAUGGACGCACCGCAUAUCUUCGAAUAUGUAGAUCAAGAUCGAAUAAUAGAAAUAUAUCGAGGAAAAUAGAUAUUAAUAUCCACAUUAAAUAAGUAUUUAAUUAUCUUCCAACAGUAGGCAAAUUCUUUUAAACUGUUAUAGGCUUCCAUUGCUAUUUUAUUCUUCCAAUCAAUUUACAGCAUAAAGUUAACUGUUUUGUGUACGUAUUUAAUUAAUAAAUAAAUAAACAACAAAGAAAAAUGUAACUAUAAAUUAAUAAUAUAAAAAGUUUUAUCAGAAAACUUCGUAUGAAAGUCGUCUAGUUAGGUCCCUCUGUCCCACUCGUGUUUCUGUCGUCAAGUGGCUGAGUUUGCAUAGUUGUUGCAACUGGAUGAAUGGGAUAUAAUAGUCAAAUUACAGGGUACGGAAGAAUAAUCUUAGUCCUGAAAAAUGGCAACGCGUGAGUGGUACCAUGAACACUAUAUGAUAUCCAUGGCACUGUUCAUGUCUAUAAGGGGUUAAUUCUUUGGAGUAAACCAUCAGCUUGCCAUUUCAAGUUGCAUAAAAAAUUCUUUUGCACAGAUAAAGCAACAAGUGGUUAGUUUAUUGGCAUUUUAUCUAGAAAAGUACCUAUAUAGAUUCCAUUUAAAUAUAUGAUGUAUUUUGUUGGCUCAAAUAGGUACAUCGAAUUUGUUUUGCUACAUAUGUAGGUAACUGUUAUACUCAUUAUUCUAUUAGUUAUAGGUCUAGUAUAUAGGUCUAGUAUUAGUAUACCUAGCUUCAAAUGGAAGUAUUAAUAAAAUGGCUGUGUUCGAAUCUUAAAAAGCAACAAUAGGUACAGAUAAUUUUACAUAAGUUUGUAUUUUUAUCAACGCAGUGUAAUUGUAAUACUUAGAUAAUAAUAAAUAAGUAAGUACCUAUUUAUCUUAAAACAUUAAACUUAUUUGAAAUAAUAUUGUUCUAUUUCUUAUACUUAUUAUGUGUAUCUCAAACAUAUUGUUAAAAAUAUAUAUUAAUUAUUUAGGUUCUGAAUAACUGUAUUUAGAUCAAAAAAGGCCAAUAACCGCCUAAUGCAUUUCUAGUGAUGAAAUACAAAUAGUCCCAAAAUGGUCAUCACUUGCUUAGUCCCAUCAUAAGUACUUUAUGCAUAAUCUUAAACACUGGAUAUAAUUUAUUUAAAUAAACUUGUUUACGACUAUUCUAAUCAUUUUUUGUCAUGAUUCUACUGUAUGAUUACGGACGUUUAUUAUCUAUCGUAUGGAAAAAUACGAAUCAUACGAAACUCAAUUUUUUAAAAUUAGUCAAUGUUUAUAUAUUUAUAAAACAUUGAAUUAGGUAGAUAUAUAAUUAGAAAAAAAUAUAUGACCAACAAACGCCAAACACGUUUGUCUUCUUAGUACCUAAUCGUUAAGUGAGUUUACUAUUCGCCAAUACAUUAUGACUUUACAAAAUUUUUUUUUAUGGGUGAUUGAAUGAUAAUCGAGUCUGCGCUAUCGGUGUACCGGUACUAGUAAGAAGUAAUAGGUGAGAAUGAAAUCAGGUCAUUAGGCCCAUCGUGAUAAAUUCACCAAGAAUUAACCACGGUUUCUAAGGGGAUCGCUGUUAAAUCGACCUGAUAUUACUGGCACCGCAAAUCGCUAUUCCCGAUUACUAACAAUUCCUUAAAUGAAUAUAUAUUGUUCAUUAACAAAAUAACUAAAUAAAAAUAAUUUUAAAAUACUUAUAUCCAAUAAUAAUAAUAAUAAACUUCGCCGUUUUAUAAAUCUUUUAAAUGUUUCAAAAUAAGAUUUCACGUAUUCGUGAAUAAUGCACUUAUAAUGUCUUUUAUCGUAACGAUUGUAAAAUUUUGUCAUAAACUGUUAUUUGUCAAACGUACAAAAUACGUACACAAAUAGCCAAACAAUAUAAAACAAAAUAACAAAUACAUGUACAAUAACAUUUUAAAAUGGGUAUGCAAUGCACCUACUUACCUACAUUGUAACUAAGAUUGUAACUUAUGUUCUUCAGGCAAAUGUAAUAAUUUAAAAUUAUUAUUAAGUAUCAGUUUAAGGGAUAUUGUUCUUAUAAGAAAAUAAAUUCUUUGAACCCAAAAGCGGUCCAGUCAUAAAACUUUGUUUUAUUAUAAUAAAUAUCAGUAAUAUUGGGUAUCAAGUAUCUAA